AUGCACCGCUCAUAUUGUUCCGCGCUUGCCGGUGUUAUCGACCUGCUGACGGGCGACAAGGCUCGAAGUGCGGUGAGCAUCGAGAACAUCAAGGCAAAGGGUUUGAAGUCGCUCCGUGAUAGCAUGGUCGAGUACAUCUGCAAACGCGUCGCCGAAAAACGAUCUACGGCGCCGACUUCAGGAGCCGUUGGAACCGCCGACAGUGCGAUUGAUGACGACGGCGCCGAAAGUCAGACGGCGCCCCAAGCAGCAGCUGCCGCCCAGCACCAGGUGGACUUGCCGGUGUCCGGAGGAGGCGACGCCGCGGCAGGUGCAAGAGGAGGAGGAGGCGAUGCCGCGGCAGGUGCAGGAAGGAAGGUUCAAGAUUCGGAGUCGUCGGAUUCGGACUCAGAGUCGGAGUCGGAGGGGGAGGAGGAGGACGAGGCGGCGAAAGAGAAGAAGGUCGAGGAGGAUCACGAAGAGGAGGAGGAGGAGGACGACGAGGACGAGAACGAUGAGGUGGUGGAGGUUGAAGAAGGGAAGGAUGAGGCGGAGAACGACGAGGAGGGGGUGGAGGCCGAGGUGCAGUACGAGCUGCAGUACGAAGACGGUACGGUUGUGGCGUUGGGGUCGGCGGAUGAAAAGAACGAGGAAGCGGAGGAUGGCGAUGCGGGUAAUGCUACGAGGUCGGCAGAAGAUGGGGGGAAGGAGAAGGAUGAGGUCGGCACGGAGGCAACGACGGAACAGGGCCAGGAGGAGGCAGCAUGCGAAGGUGGGAAGGUGUUGGUCGACGCCGGCGAAGGGGCGAACAUCACGGGCAUGCAGGAGACGGAGGAAGCAUCUGGUCGGCAGGGCCAGGAACAGGCUCGGCUGGACGGGUUUUUUGGUGGGUUACGUGGACUCGUCGACCACCUGAAGGAGUUGGCCGAACAGAACGACGACACCGACAAGUUUGCGGCACAGCAGCUGCGAAACGCGACGGCGGACAUGUCGAAGACCAUCAAGGGCAACAUCACCGGCAGCUUCGACGAAGCGUGGAAGACGAUGAAGACAUUCGCGGAACAGGCGUCGGCGUGGUUGGAGGACUUCGACAAUCCGGAGGGUCGUGUGGCAUGUGCACGCGCUGAAGCUGUCGACGCCUUGGCCGAGCACGUGAAUGGGGUGGUGGGCGCUGCGAGGCGGGGUUUGGAGCUGUACAUCACGACGCAACUAUCCGCCGCGCAGGUCAACAUCGCCACCGCUGUGACCUCCAGGCUCCCCGUGCAGCCGCCGCCACCGCCUCAGCCCACGCCGCCCGCCCUCCCGGAAGAGCUCUUGAAGUCGUUCAAGGCCGACAUCAUGAAGACGGUGACGGAGGCCACCCAGCAGUCGUUCGUUGCUUCCGGGAUGAAGAUGUUGACCGAGAUGAUCGGCACGGUGGCGCCUGGUCGACGUGGGUCGUCGCCGUCGGCCAAUGACGCAGAUCAAGCGCAAAGGAGGGCGGCCGACAAGCAGGGCGAGAAGAGGACGGGCGACGGAGACGACAAGGAGAGCGUGAAGCGGAGCAAGGGAUCGGACGGGAGCCGCGGCACGAAGCCUCCUGCUCAGAGCGUGGUCGAACAGCUAAAGUCGAAGGCGGGGUGGAAGGUGAUAAGGACGUCGAACAGCAAGGGAAGCGGAAGCGGGAAGGCAAAGGGUGGCCCUGCCGACGGGGUUGCCGCUAACGUCGCUGCACCGCCUGGCCCGCCUUUGGUCGCCGAGCAGACCAAACCGCAGGCGACCUCCGGGAAAGGCGUGACCGACAAGGAGGCCCCUACUGCUCAGGCGGCGAACGACGGCGGCGCCGGAACCACCAAGGGACCGUCCGUCGCGGUGCCGGCCAAGGGCAACGCGAAGGCCGCCUCUGCCAAGUCGAUUCCCCGUAAGUCCCCAGCGGCUACCCCCGCGCCGGCCGGCAAGUCAGGCGCCAACAACGAUGGGCCGGCCAUUGCGGCCCCUCCAGCUCCAGCAGCACCAACUGCCGACAAGGGCGACGCGACGGCUGCUGCGGCUAAGCCCGAAGGUCCGUCACCUGCUAAGGUGCCCGCCGGCAGUAACGCGCUCAGGGAGAUGCUCCGCCGCAUGGAUGCGGAUCGCAGGGACGUGCAGCAGCCUCCAGUGGUCGACGCCGCCCUUGCCGAAACAGCACGUCGCUCAGUCACAUCGCAGGUUGUCGGCAAAUCGACCGGUGCCCCACCUGCCGUGCCUCUAGUCGCCGCCCCACCGCCCGCGGAACCCAAAUCCGCGUUUCUUCGCGCCCAUUUAGGCGCACGCAAAGUGAGAGCUCGACAAGUGACUCAGCCGGAACCCGGCAAAAGCGCGACGCCGACGUCGGUAAACGCGACUUCACCCACACCAGGUGCAGCUGUGGUCGCUCGACAAGUGACUCAGCCGGAACCCGGCAAAAGCGCGACGCCGACGUCGGUAAACGCGACUUCACCCACACCAGGUGCAGCUGUGGUCGAUGCUGCGGCGGAGAAGGGUGUGAGCGCGGCGCUAGCCACCGGCGGCCGAGCCGACAGGCAUGCCAACCUCGCUGCCGUUCUGGCUCAAUUUGAAGCAGCAAAACGCCCCGAGCAUGCCCCAGCACUGGCCAUCAUGGACACGGCACAUGCGGAGCCGUCGGGGACCCACGGUGGGGGUUCGGCGGAGCCGACGGCUGCAACGGCUGCUGUCGCCGAGGGAAAUGCGGGACGGAAGGGUAAGGACGACACCGGGAAAGGGAAGGCGGUCUCGCAGAGGAGCACGCGGGCGAUGUCGGCGGGGAAUGAGAUGUCGGAAGAGAAAGGGAAGAAGCUGGCACGGAAUCAGGACAAGACGGGCGGCAAACAUAAGCCGGCGAAGAGGAAGGCGAAGGCGGAAGAGGAGGAGGAGGAGGAGGAGGAGGAGGAGGGGGAGGAGGAGGAAGGGCAUGGACGCCGCGGUCAUGGCAUCCGCCGAGACAGGUCUGGCGACGGGCUUGGGUGGGUGGGAGAGAUCAAGAUUAAGGGCCAGAAUCGGUACAUCGGCAAGUCGCGCGAUAAGAUGGAUCCGGCCUACGAGCACGCGAUUGCGUACUUGCUCUACGACGGCUACGUGAGCAAGGUGCUGACGAAGGAGCUCACCGUCUUGAAGCCGGGGCAGUUGGAUGAAUGGAAGGCGGUAUGGGAGGAGCUCAGGUUCCUGUCGACCGGGAUGUGGACGGUGAUGUGGGCCAGAGGCUUGUGCCAUCCGAGAGCAAGGUUCGACGAUAUACUCGGCAGGUACCGUGGGUACGCGAGCUCGGGUGAUGCGCUUCAUGACGUGCUCUGGCCGGCGAUAUGGUUCCCCAUCAUCGAAGACACGGAGGCAGGCAAGGCGGAGACAACCGCUCUCUUGUCGGCGAUGGUAAAUCGCGUGUCGAUGUGCGCGGCGUAUGGGAAGGUUGCGGCGAGCGUGGCGUUUGGGAAGGUCGACGCGAGCGCGGAGGGGAAGGCGGGUGAGAAGGCGGAGAUGGAAGGCGCGGAGGGUAAGGCGGACGAGAAGACGGAGAUGGGGGCCCAGGCGUUAGCGGCAUCUGCAUGCGCCCUCUGGUGCUACAUGUCGACGGGUGCGUCGGUGCUCGGUGCUGUGGGCGAAGGGAAGGCGGCCGCGAUGGUGGCAGGUGCAGGGGAGGAGAGGGCCGAGCGCUUCAAGAAGGUCAUGCACUUGGUUUUCGACUUUGCAAAAAGUCGGAAGGCUCCCGCGGGGGAGGUUGCACAUAACGUCGCGCCAGAGCUGCAGCGCUAUGGAGUGGCCAGGGCCUUCGAGGCGGGAAUUGAGGAAGUCGAGGCCGACAUGAUCGCAAGAGCGACGGUCGAGACCUUGGCGUUCUGGGGAAUGUGCCCCGUCGCCGGGCCCAAGCUCAAAGCGGAGGGCAUCGAUGUGCCGUGUGACGCGAAGAUGGAGUACGAUCUGGAGCACAGGGGGAGGAAGGGUGAGAAGGUCAAGCAGGGCAAGGGCAGCAAGAGGAAGAAGACGAAGGCGGAGAAGCAGGCGAAGGACAGUACGGAUGCGUAG